AUGCCUCACGUUGAGAUAAAGACGUCCAAUAGACCUGAUGAGUGGAAGAUUGAGCAAGGCAUGGCCGGCGCCGUGCUGCCGGUUCUUGACAUGACCGAGCCCCAGAUCAAGCGUGUGCCUCCUCAGCAAUUUCCUAGCAAGCUCACCAAGAAUGAUGCGGCUGUCAAGGCGGUUGGCGAUCCCAAGAAACUGUUUGCUCGUGAACGCAAAGGUUGGCGCGGUUACGUAGAGUGGGAAAACUAUCCCGAGAAGAAAGAGGCCGCGCACAAGAUUCUCAAAGCAGAGACUUUCCCACCCAACCCAGAGUUCCAACUCGGUCCCAUCCCGGGUACAAACCCCGUGCUGCCCGGAACCCGUUGGAAGAUGUGGCACCAUGCCCUUGGCGGGGAGUUGUCCCAGAUCCCCGAAGACUCCUGGGAGACUGUCCUCAAGGAGAAGCACCCCGACAUGCUCCAUCUUCUGCAGUUCCCUUAUAAUGGCGAACCGCCCAAGAGGCUCGUUACCGACAAGGCCGUCACUCCUAAUGAUCUUCACUUUGUGCGAAAUCACGGCGGCAUUCCCCUCAUUGACAAGCAAGACUACAGCUUCAAGAUUGACGGCCUGGUCAAUAGCCCUCGCACCUUUACUCUCGACGACAUCAUGGACGAGUCAAAGUUCCCGCGCAUCGAAAAGACGGUCACGAUGCAGUGCUCCGGGACCCGACGCGUGGAGCAAAUCUCCAAAUACGCCGGCCAAGGCGACGAGGUGCCGCAAGCGCCCUGGGCAGAGGGCGCCAUUGGCACGGCGCGCUACGUCGGCAUCAGCCUGAAAAAGGUCAUCAAGGCGUGCGGCGGGCUCAAGGACGGGGGCAAGCACCUCGAGUUCUACGGCUGCGACACGUACGUCAAGGACGACAAGCUCAUGAACUACCUGGUCAGCGUGCCGUGGUCAAAGGUCAAGGCCAACGAGGUGCUGCUGGCGUGGGAGAUGAACGGCCAGCCCCUGCCGCACAUUCACGGGUUCCCCCUGCGCGUCGUGGUCCUGGGCUACAUUGGCGCGCGCAGCGUCAAGUGGCUGUACCGCAUCAAGGCCAUCGAGGAGCCCAGCCGCGCCCCCGUCCAGAGCCAAGAGUACCUCUACUUUCCGCAGCAGGUCGGCAAGCACAACCUCAAGUGGACCGACGGCAUCCAGAUCCAGGAGAUGCCCGUCAGCUCGGCCAUCAUGUCGCCCUGGACCAAGCAGGUCGUCAUCCACAAUGGCAAGAUCAAGUGCAAGGGCUGGGCCUACUCGGGCGGCGGCCGCUGGCCCGAGCGCGUCGAGGUCUCGGGCGACGGCGGCUUCGACUGGUACACGGUGCCCCUCGAGAAUCUCUCGGCAAAGGGCAAGUGGACGUGGCGGACCUGGGAGAUUGAUCUGCCCUGCGAUGUCGAGGGGUGGGUCGAGAUUGUCUGUCGCUGCUGGGAUAAUUCCUUGAAUACGCAGCCUCCCAACGUUCGGACCGCCUGGAACUGGGGACUUCACGUCACGAGUUCGUGCCAUCGCAUCUCCGUGUACAGCGUCAACAAGUCAAAGCCACUGACCAGGAAGCGACUCGAGGAGUUUGAAAAGGCGGGUAUUCCAUUCGGUCCAAUCACGGUACCCAUUCCGUUCCCUUCACAGACUUGGGAUGACUAUGAAGACUUUUGGAGGAAGAAUGACCCUCGAGAUGUGGACGAGUAA